AUGCGUUUGGCAGCAAUCAGUGAAUUCGUUUCAUUGUAUUGUGUGGUGGAACGACGACGACGACGACGACGACGACGACGACGACGACGACGACGACGCGAUGAUGAUGAUGAUGAUGAUGAUGAUGAUGAUGAUGAUGAUGAUGAUGAUGAUGAUGAAUUAAAUCGAAAAUGCUUUACAGUUUUUAAAUUUAAUGAUGUUUUAUCGGUGUUCACCCGGAACCGUAUGUAA